AUGCUGGACAGAGAAAAGGCCAUCUCCAUGAGUGACGAGUCAGAUUCGAAGCAGCUUGCGGUGAACGACGUGUGCAGUACCGGUAUUCGCAACACGCCAGACUCUGGCCCAGAGCUCGAUGGUCUGUCGCUGCAUACCGCUCCACAGCUUGGGUUUUAUUUCGUAAAUCAGGAUCAGCUCAAAAUCAAUUUCGAUGAGCAUAAAAUCAAAUACGAGUUGACCCCCAUGAGCGACCCUUAUCCUCAGCCGCAGACGGCCGAGCUGCGCUUGCGGGUGCCGCUGGACUACGGCACAUCCUCAGUGGAGCCGAACGGCCGCUGGGACUAUGUGAUCGUGUUCCCCAAUCCGCCAAAGCAUGUGAUCGAGGCGAGCGAUGAGCGCGACACCAUCAUCAAGCGACUACGCGGCGCCGGACUGCGACUGCGACUGUUUUACUCUGUGGGCAAGGAGCUCGUUUUCUGCAAGAUCCGAGCACCCGAGGAGCUCAUGCGGCGUGAGGCUGAGGUGCUCAAGAUGCACUUGCAGCUGGAUCCGACGGAGCUACGUCGCGCCUCGUUCAACGGUAUCCCAGAGUACGGCAUCGCGCCUUUCCCGAUCCGUGACGUGAAGCAAACGUACCGCUACUCGCCGUUCGACUACAUCUUCGCGCCUUACUUCCAAGCGCGAGACCUGCAGCACUUUUACGCCAGGAAGGGACCAAAUGGCUCGCUCUUCUCCAGUACCGACCGCAUCGGACUCAUCGAGCACAUCAUCACCAACCACCAGACAGGUGCUGGCCAAGAUAUCGAUCGUCUGGUCUACGAAGAGAUCAUUGUGGAGACUUAUCCGUUGCACGAGGAAGAGGAGAAGAUGGAUCUCAAGGAGCACUGGAUUGUAUGGAACAUGUCUCCUAUGAACCAGCCGUUCGACCGCAUCUGCCAAUACUUUGGCGUUAAAGUGGCGCUCUACUUUCUGUAUCUGGGGCACUACACUAAGUGGCUGCUGUACCCGACACUCGUGGGUAUUGUCACGGGCAUUGUGAGCUAUUCCAUCCCUCACGACAACUAUAACACUGUGUUCGCCUACGUCUCGCCUCUCUUUGGUGCCUUUAUGACCAUCUGGAUGACCAUUUACCUCGAGAACUGGAAGCGACUCAACUCACGCGAGACGUUACGCUGGGGUACAGCACAUUUCUCAGAGACAGUAAACCUCCGUCCACAAUUCUACGGUGAACGCAUCCCGUCGCCCAUGAACGGCAAGUCCACACGAUACUUCCCACCGCGUGAAAAGCUCAAGCGAGUGGCUUACAGCUGGGUCGUCAUCUCGUUCCUCAUCUUGAUUGUGUUCGUGCUGGUUUCGUCGAUUUUCAUGCUGACGUACGACCUCACGAAGGGCAAUGACUCGGACAAGCUGGUACUAGACGACUACAAGUACGGAUCUAUCGUGUCUUCAGUGGCCAAUGUUGUCCAGAUCACUAUCAUGACAAAGAUCUACAACUACGUGUCCAUCAUGCUGGUGGAUCAGGAGAAUCACCGCACCGACAUGGAAUAUGAGAACAGUCUCAUCGUCAAGACUGUGAUCUUCCAGUUUGUCAACAACUAUGCUGGUUUAUUCUACGUGGCCUUCUUGAAGGAGGGCUUUGAAGGCUGCGACAUUAGCUGCAUGCACGAGCUCGAGUACAUGCUCGCUAUUGUGUUUUGCUCUCGACUUUUCGUGGGGAAUAUCACCGAAGUGGCUAUCCCGAGGUUGUUCGUGUACUUCAGUAAGUACCGUCUACUAGGACAUUUGGAUGACUACAAGAAAUCGGAUGCCGAGCGCGAACUCUUCAUGGCGCAGUAUGACUGGCACGGUACCUUUGAUGACUACACCGAGAUGGCUCUCCAGUUCGGCUUCACGACAAUGUUUGUCGUUGCCUUCCCGUUUGCACCUCUGCUUUCGUAUGUAAACAAUUACUUUGAGAUCCGCCUGGACGCCUACCGUCUCAUUUUUGAGUCGCGCCGUCCUCGUCCGCGUAAUGUGCGAAGCAUGGGAUACUGGUAUCUGGUACUGCAGGCAUUCGCUGCCAUCUCGGUGUGUACGAACGGCGCCGUUGUCAUUUUCACGGGCGAUUUCUUUAAUCAUUUGGAAGCGUCAACUCGCGCGUGGAUGUUCUCGAUAUUCAUCGGUGGCAUGUUCCUGUUCAAAUACUUUCUCGAGGUCUGCAUCGACGACGUUCCUGAAGACGUGGCCGUGCAAAAGUACCGUCAGGAGUUCCUCAUUAGCAAGUGUUUGUACCACAUGCCCGACGACGACGUCAACUGUCCAAUUGGUGAUGACUGCGACGACCCCGAGAAUAUGCUCACCAUUGACGACGAAGACUCCACGUGA